CAGAAGACUUGGGUUAAGAGAAGAGAAGAGCAACCACUGAGAUUCAACAAUAACCUUAAAACAGGAGAAAAUGUUACAGAGAGCGGCCUCCAAUGUGUCAGAUAAAAAGAGCAGCAAGCCGAAGCGCUCCACCAGCUUCGGCAGAUUUGAGGGUCUCAGACAUCACUCGUCACCAGCCAAACCGGAGGAAAAUGGAGCCACUGUGCUCACAGAAGAAUGUGAGACUUUGGACCCAAACAAAUCAGCUGGACUUGGGAAGAAGAUGAAAGCAAUUUCACUGACCAUGCGCAGAAAAAUGGGCAAAAAACAUGCAAAGUCUUUUUGUGAGGAGAUGGGUGAUGACACAGACAAAGACCCAGAGGCAGAGACAGAGAGUGGCCCUGCAGCUGAGAAAAACUCUGCAAAGACAAGCAACUCCUUAGAGAGUCUUUACAGUGGCCAGAGCUCCUCCAGUGGUGUGACCAGCGAGUCCAUCGGUUCCGGUCAGAGAGACAGUCUGAGGCUGGAGGAGGACGGCUCCUAUCAGGGACAGUUCUGUGGCAGAGCUCGUGUCCACACAGACUUCGUCCCUAGCCCGUAUGACACAGACUCCCUCAAACUCAAGGUCGGUGACAUCAUCAACAUCAUCAGUAAGCCUCCGAUGGGCAUCUGGACAGGCAUGCUAAACAACAAAGUGGGCAACUUUAAGUUCAUCUACGUGGAUGUUUUGGUGGAGAAAGAAGAAGAAGAGGAAGUUCCCAAGAUCAGACAACAGAAGCUGUGCAAAAGACCUCGGCCUAAAACUUUGCUGGAGUUACUGGAGCGACUGAAUCUGGAGGAGUACGCCUCUGCUUUGCUGCUAAACGGCUACCAGACGGUGGACGACCUGUUGCACCUGCAGGAGAAACACCUGAUAGAGCUGAACGUCAAAGACCCCGAGCACCGACGCAAGCUGCUCGCUGCUGCAGAAACCCGCUACACAGAAGGUGAUGAUGCGGAGGAGCAAAGAUCCUCCCACAGCCUUCAGGAAGACGACAGCGACUGUCCCAGAGACUCGGGUUGCUUCAUCCCUUCAGAAUGUUCAGACAGCAAGGAAGACACGGAGCAGCUCACAGAGGCUGUGGACUCUUAGUAUGAUCGAUAGUCAGAUGGAUACUUUGGCAUCUGGAAUUCAUUGUGGGAUAUUUUCUGUGACUGAGGGGUUUCAAAGAUUAACUUCCUCAAAAUGUCAUGUUCAUAUCCCUUAUUACAACAAGCUAGCCACAAGGUUGUAGAAACUUUUUGAAAGUGUAAAGAAACAACCAACCAAGAUUCUAAAUGUUAUCUUAUCAGUUUGUCGCUUUAUCAAGUUAAUAAUACGUUUUCUUACUUUCAUGUUGUUGAAAAAGUUACAUUUCAUUGAUUAAAUGUCACUUCUACUGUAUUUAUUGCAUUUAAAAUCAUUUAGUGUUAUGUUUUUUUUUUCAUAUAAAGCCUUUAUUUAUCAUACAUGCAUCACUUUGACCUUUCUUAUCAAAUCCAAUCUAAUGCAACAUCCAGUGUAAUCUUUAUCCUCCUGUGAAUUAAGUGGUGUUGAUUAAGAAAUGUUUUUUAAAUAGUGACUGGGUUUGAAAAAUACAUUCUCAAAUCUUGCCUAUAAUGUAUACUCUACAGGAAUAUAUAUAUGCUAUUUUCUCAGCAUGUGUGUUUGCAUGAGUGUGUGUGUGUGUGUGUGUGUGAGAGAGAGAGAGAGGGGGGAGGGCUGUGUGUGAACUCUCUUGAAAGAAACAUAAUAUGCAACUGUUUUCACAACUUUUUGU